AUGGUUAUUUACGAGCAAGAUUCGGAUGUUAUUCGAUGGGGUCUUCGUCUUCUUGAUGGGGACCCACCCUUUUAUUCUGGGUACUAUGGUGAUGGAAUAGUGCAGAGUGAUGACGGAUAUCAUGGACAUUAUGUGAGGGAUCAUUAUGAUAUUAGGGAUUGUAGCCAUGUAGAGAGUGAUGAGAUGAUUGCGCGCACGUUGCAAGAGGAGUUUUUGCAGCUUGCAGUUACUGAAGACAAUGGAUAUUCACAUGGCGGAGAAGGUGGGGAAGAGCACUUGCAGACUUCCGUUGAUGAGCAUGAUUGGCAAUGUACACCGACGAGGAACUACUACAAUGAGUGUAGUCGUGAAGAAUCAGAUGAUGCAGUACCCUCUAGUUCAUGCUCAAGUCCUGCUGAUGGAGAAGAGUAUUCCUAUUCACCAGAAUUCACCGAUGAAUAUGAGCUGGAUGAUGAAGUAGGCAAGAGGUUGAAUCAGUUGGUUCCAAUCCGUGUAAGUUCAGCUGCUUUAGAUCAUCAUGAUGGUCUUUUGUUUCUGUUGGUUGAGGAAAUUGAGAGACUUCGGUCGUGUUUGACUUCCCUUAGGAAUUGGGAAUAG